AUGCGAGUUGUCGUCGCUGUUGCUGCUGUUGUAGUAGCUCAGCUGUUCACUGGCACCGCCGCUGCAUCAUGUGAUUCAACUUCAAUCGAGACGCUCCUGACCUCGACGGACGCAACCACGUGCACCUCGGACUCGGGCUACUCGAUUACAUCGCUCCUCACCCCAUCGGGCUCGGAGAUGGCGCUGAUGUGUACGAGCACCGCCUGCCAAACGGUGAUAGGCCAGCUGAAAGCGCUCUCUCCAUCGGAGUGCACAAUCGGGACGUUCGCGCUGUAUGCCAAUCUGAUCACCCCGCUAAGCGGCUACUGCUCGUCGGUCCCGGCAACUGCCACGAGCAGCAGCAGUCGAAGAUCGACGAAUACCACCACCAGCAGCGGAGUUGAAGAGCUAAGCCAAGGGAGUAGUGGAAUGUCUGAAUCAGGCAGCUCAUCAGGGAUUGAGCCCGGUAGCUGGUGUUGUGGUGGGGGUCGUCGUAACUCCAGCGGUGGUGUUGCCAGUGCUCUUCAUCGUGCGGCGUCGACGAAGGAAUCGUCGAUCUGCUCACCCCGACCUAGAAAAUGUACAACCUACCGCUAG